AUGGAUGAUACUGGCGCAGCAACAACAAACACCACGGGCCCAGACGGGAGGCUCAACCCGAAUGGCGUGGGCGCACUCACAUUUACACCGGAACUCACGCCCAAUGUCGUCUUUCUGGUGCUCUUCAUUGCUCUGAUCCUUGGCCAGAUUGGCUUGGCUGUCAAGUUCUGGAGAUACUAUGGCUAUGCGAUUGGCAUGAUUGGCGGGCUGCUGCUCGAGCUGCUGGGCUAUGCAGCCAAGGUGCAGCUUUCCAACGAUCAGAUGAACAAGAAUGGCUACAUCAUGUACAUCAUCGGCCUGACACUCGGCCCUACGUUCCUCUCCUCCUCUCUCUAUCUCGGCAUCAGCACGCUACAGCGCAACUACCACGGCGCCAAGUUUCACCGCAUUAAGCCGCACAUCUUUGCCACGCUGUUCAUCCUAGGCGACUUUCUGUGCCUCUGUUUCAUUGGCUGCGGCGGCUCGUUGGCGGCCAUCUUCGCAGAGAACCCCAUUGGUGUCGACCUCAUGAUUGCGGGCUUGGCUGUGCAGGUGCUCUUUACCGCGAUUUUCUGUCUGCUGCUCUAUCUCAUCUACCGCAAGAUUUACUGGGAGUUGAAACAAUACGGCCGCCAUUGGUACAUGAUUGGCGCGGCUGUCGCAGCAGCGUGUCUGUUUAUCAGAUCGUGCUGGCGAGUGGCCGAGCUGAAUGGCGGCUUCAACGGGCCGCUGUCAUCCAAGGAGGGGCUUUUCAUUGCCUUGGAUAGCGUACCGAUCAGCAUCAUGUGUAUUCUACUGACCAUCUUUCACCCGGGCUUUUGGUUUACAGAGAAGCGCAUGGGACUACCCAUGUACAAGGAGAGGCGGGCAUCCCGUGCAAGGCAGUGGCACGGCGCCAAGUAUUGA